GCUUGUUGACUAGGUAAUUAUAAUCAAACACUUUUAAAUCAGCUUAUUUGCAUACAACGACUUUUACAAUCACUUUAUUUGCAUAUUGAAAAUAUCCCUGCGACCAAAGACAUAAAAAUGUAAGUUUCCUCCCAUUAUAUAGGGAUUAAGUGGAGUAAGCUGCAGAAAACCAUAAAAAAUAAAGAUAGAAAAGGGAGUUAGAAAAAAGUAGAUACACGAAAUGGAAUAACAUACAUGUAAAUACAGUGUUUACUUUCUUCUUUUGAACUGAAAUUUCUCGUAAAAUAAACGCGCGAGAACAUAGUCAAAAUCGAGCAUGAGUAUCAAGGUUUUUUUUUUUAAAUUUUAUUUUAAUUUUUCAUCUUUAUUUAUUUGUUUUUUUUAUUUUAUCUACUUAUUCAUUCAUUCAUUCAUUCAUUCAUUCAUUUAUUUAUUUAUUUUGCUAUAAAAGGAACCCGAUAUUUUGUCUGCGAAUCAUUGUUGUUACCAAUGUUUUAAAAUGCUCAAAUAAAUUAGUUUUUUUUUUUCAUUAUUCAUAAAGCAAGAAUGAACUGAAUAAUUCAUUAUUUAACAUGAAACCUAAUAGUUUUGUCUGGCCUCAGACAAAGAUACGGAAUAUUAGCUGGUUUGGAGAAAAUAGGAUUGUGAGCGCAUUGUGGCUGAUAAACCUCAUUGAUUUUAUCAACAAGUCUCCGCAACAUACUUAAAAUCCUUUUAUCUAGUGAUUCAGUCAGAUUGGGUUGUUUCUUUUUUAUCAAUUGCAAUAAAUAUUAUAAAGGAAUAAAUAUGGUUUUAUCACAUAAUUGUCGCUGUGGAGUAAGGAUCAAAAAUCUUAUUUUUGUCAAGACCAUGUGAUCAGACUUUUGUGGUGACAUGCUGUAUACGAAGCGGAGUUUUAUACACCCUGUGUUACAGAUCCUUGGAGGAUUUAGCUCGGGACCAGUAUGAGGAGAAAGGAUCGAGACCGAACUAUGUUGGGUACGUUCUCGGAGGGUGUUCGACUCCCAGAGCUCAUCAGGCAACUGGACCGUUUCAUGAUUACAUCAGAAAAGAAAUGUGCCCAUGACACUCUUUCGUCGUUCGAUGAGGAAUUAAAGAAGGCAGAGGGAAAGGAAAUUCGUAGGUCAGAUCGUAUGGUGGCAGAUUUCACCGAGAGACUUUGCAACCAAUCACUUUCUAACGAAGACCUGCGUACAGUAUUGAAGAUUUACCAGUACCAUCUGCAUGAGGUUAACAUUCUAGAGGAUUUAUAUACAAAUGAUUCAAGUGAAAAUAAAAAGAUUGCGGACAGGUCCACUGAGAUUCAUCUUCCAAAAAUUUCAAAAAGCAAGUUACCUUUGCGCCCGACGGCGUUAUUAGACCGGGUGCUUGACAAACACAAAAUGAAGGAGGAUAUAGUGAUACCGACAAUGGUGCUCAAGGACAAAAGUUCGUGCCGCACAUCUGAUAGAAGUGCACAGUCUAGGGAGAGUAAACAUGAACAUGGCGAAAUUCAAUCUAAAAAGAAAACUCUACCGCAUUUCAACUAUGAACAUGGCGAAGGAAAGGGAACGCGGCGAAAUUUACCCGGGCAACCAGAGCUCAUUCGUCUGCUAACAGAUCCGGAAAUAAGUCUCGGUGGUGGUGGUGGUGGCGAGGUAUCGCAUUCAGGUCCUGACCUAAAUAGAACGAACUCUUUGUUGUCACUUUAUGGUGGAACAUUGAGCCCUCCUUUAAUUGAUAAACAGAAACAAAGAAAACCGAGAAAACGCAGAAUCGUCUGCAAAUUUUGCAGACGACCUCCUGGUGAUCAUCAAAAGUGGUGCAUUUAUUAUGAUUUUGGAAAAAUUACCGAAGAACCUCCAUUAGAGUUGUCAAGAUCCCACACGCAGGAUGAAAUCGACCUUGCUAAGGAUACAAAAACUAAAGAUAAUAUACAGGAACUUGAAAGAUCAAAAACAUCAUUGGAUGAAUAUAUGAUAAGGCCCGAUCUACCGGACUACAGACCUCUUCACAGGGAUGUUUAUAUUCGUGCGUUAGCUGAUUCACGUGCGCGUCUAGUGAUGCACAGAACGAACGACUUCGCGAACCAGUUGACACAACCCUUCGUGUUUUCAUAUUUCAGCAAAUUAAAUGGUCCUCGAUAUCGAAGGAAUAAGAUUAAUGGAAUGAAAAACAUAUUUGGUGAGAAAAGCACAGAUUUUACGGAAUAUUAUAAGUUGUUUGUAAAUGAAAUCAAACAGGGAAACAGUUAAUUAAAAAAGGCUAAAUGUUAGUAAGAUUAGAAAAAAACAGGUUUCUAUUUAUGUACACAUUGUUGCUGUUAAGUUUGUAAUAUGCUUCGGUAAAUCACAUUUAUUCGUCUGACUGUUGUUUUUUUUUUACAAAACAGUUGCAGAUCAUGAAACCAAAUUAUAUUAUUAAGAAAACAACUGCAUCAAAUAAUUUUUUUCAUUCUGUUUUUUUUCCGUGUGUUUGAAUUAUAAUAAUCUACCGAAUGUAUUUGUUAUUCUGUUCUAUUCUAUUCUGUUCUAUUCUGUUAAGUUUAUAUAUGUAUGAUACUGUGAUAAUAAUGUUUUAAUAAAUUAUACAUUUAAGUCUAAUUUUGAAUUGACACUCUAUCAAAUUGUAUAGAAUUUACAAGUACUGGGUCUUUAUUUAGAAGUGCUAUUUGUUACGUUUCCCGAACUUCCUAUGGAGUGAACUUUGGGCUAAUUCUCCAUUUCUUCUUGAAUACUUAAAGACCCGUCACAGAGUAAAUGUAUUCUUUUGUAUUUCAAUGAUGGUAAUUAUACAUGAUUUGCAUGAAAAAUUGAGAAAUGCAAGCGUCCAGUACAAUCUGACAGUGACAUAUAUUAG